GGGAAAGUGAAGUGGGAGACGGGCAGGGAGACAUUCAAGGUCCGGGAAGUUGGCCCUGCCGGAGUUCCCAGGGGAGAAGGCAACGCUCAGCGACCUGAGGGAAGGCGCCCGGGAGCCGGAGCGGGCACAGGAGCUGUGGGCCGGAAUCUCCUGGUACCAUCAGAAAUGUCUUCCUUAAGUGGAAAAGUCCAAACUGUUUUGGGCCUGGUGGAGCCAAACAAACUGGGUCGCACCUUGAGCCAUGAACAUUUGACAAUGACCUUUGACUGCUGUUACUACCCACCGCCUCCAUGUCACGAAGCUAUCUCUAAGGAGCCUAUUAUGAUGAAAAAUUUGUUUUGGAUUCAGAAGAACCCUUAUUCCCAUAAAGAGAAUCUUCAGUUGAAUCAGGAGACGGAAGCCAUCAAGGAAGAAUUGUUGUAUUUUAAAGCCAAAGGUGGAGGGGCUUUGGUGGAGAACACGACCACUGGGCUUAGCCGGGAUGUGCAAACUUUGAAGUGGCUUGCUCAAGAGACAGGCGUCCAUAUCAUCUCUGGAGCUGGGUUCUAUGUGGAUGCCACUCACUCUUCAAAGACCAGAGCCAUGUCAGUGGAGCAGCUGACUGAUGUCCUCAUGAGCGAAAUUCUCCAUGGAGCUGAUGGAACCAGUAUCAAGUGUGGUGUUAUUGGAGAAAUUGGUUGCUCCUGGCCUCUGACUGAGAGUGAAAGAAGGGUUCUUCAGGCAACAGCUCAUGCUCAGGCUCAGCUUGGCUGUCCUGUUAUCAUUCAUCCUGGAAGGAAUCCAAGUGCACCCUUUCAGAUUAUCCGAGUGUUGCAAGAAGCAGGUGCAGACAUCUCCAAAACAGUUAUGUCACACCUUGACAGGACGAUACUUGAUAAGGAGGAACUACUGGAGUUUGCUCAACUUGGCUGUUACUUGGACUAUGAUCUCUUUGGUACCGAGCUCCUUCAUUACCAUUUCAACCCGGAUAUCGACAUGCCCGAUGAUAAUAAAAGGAUUAGAAGGGUGCGUUUUCUGGUGGACGAAGGCUAUGGAGAUCGAAUUCUGAUGGCACAUGACAUACACACGAAGCAUCGGCUGAUGAAAUAUGGAGGUCACGGCUAUUCUCAUAUACUCACCAACAUUGUUCCUAGAAUGUUGUUUAGGGGUAUCACCGAGAAUGCGCUUGAUAAGAUACUAAUAGAGAACCCUAAGCAAUGGCUAACUUUCAAAUAGGAUGGUUAUGAAUUCACACCUUGUGUAUAAAGCUUAAAGAGAACCUUCUCAGUGAUUUCAGCCUCACUGUGAGAUAUUAAUCAGAGCUAAGUAGGACUAAUGAUGGAUCAUUUCCUUUUGAUGAGAAUUAGGAGUUUUGCCUGCUUAGAGACUGGCUAUUACACCUGUAUCUUCUGGAAGUUAUUGAGCCUCAUGGAGCCCUGCUGCUUUGCCUUAACAAAAUAAAUACAGAAGUACCUAUUUCCAAACAACGAUUUACAGUCUAUGUCCCUUUAGUGGAGUUUGUUUUGUUUUCUUAAUCUGUCAGCUGCACUACUUAGGAAAAUUUAAAGUGUUUCUAGUUAAAUUACGCCCUCCUGGAGCAAUCUAAUGUUUCUUGUAAUAUUGAUGAUCCUACUAAUUAUCCUGCUGUUCUUUAAUUAAUGUUUAAUGAAUAAUAUGGCACUUUAAAAUAGCUUCUGCAGCAAGUGAAGUUCAAUUUUGAAACUUUUUUUUUCAACAGAUACUGUAAGACAAUUACCAAUCAAUUCACAAUGGUACCCAUAUCGUGGAAGGUUAAUUACAUGCUGUCCACCUAUCUAUAUAUACUUGUAAUAAACCAGUUGUGUUGCCUCUGUC